GCUGCAUGGAUCACAGUUAGUUCAACAUCRAAAACAGCUUUGUCGGAACUCAACAAAACAUCUGUCCUCACUAUCUUUAGCAAGCCGUUUGGAAUUAAUGCAACCAACAUUCAGAUUCAGAAAUGGGAAUCAGUUUUUGGGAAAAAAGUUGAAGUUUUGAUACUGGAUUUGCAACUUCCAUYCAAAGAAAAAARUAGUCGAGGACCAAUAAGACAAGAUUUGAGUCUUGGUUCACUUCUCAACUUCACUCAGCCAGUAGUGUUGCGAUGGAAGCAGGAGUAUUUCACCAUCAUCAAGGCAACAGUAAAACCCAUCAAUUGCAUCGACAUYAAACGCUACAGUGUUCAAGAGUAUGCAGUAUUACCCAAUUCCAGCGUCUUUAUAAAUAGCUCUGGAGAUGUUUUGAAUUCAAGUCAGUACUACGCGAAUCAAACSACAGUCCUCAAUGACAAUAUUAUUCCAGUUGGUGAAAUAKCUGUUUGCAUACAGGCAAUAAAUCCCUGUGUAAAUGGUUCUAACAUUGCAUUGAAGAGGAAUGAAUACAUAAUGCUAUCAAACCURUCAGUGUAUAGAAAUGUGUCCAAUACMGUUUACAACCAARAUGAAUACYACACAACAAGCAAUGGAAGUGUGGUCGUGUGCAGUCAUUUCUCAAACCAGUACACGAAGUUAGAGGAGAGCAAACCACAGAGAACUGGACACGAUGUGGUUCUUGUAAUGCUAACCUAUAUUGGGUUGUCAUUAUCCGUCAUUUGUCUCGCUGUUACACUAGUAACGUACGCAUUAUUUGGCGAACUGAGAACCCUGCCAGGGAUAAACUUGAUGAAUCUGUCAUCAGCUCUGCUGGYUGCUCAWCUCUUUUGGCUGAUUGGAUCAGGUCUUGUUGCAUCUCAYARAGCAUGCGUAGCGAUGGCAGUGAUUCUUCACUUCGCGUUCCUUGCUUCCUUUAUGUGGAUGUCAAUCAUCGCUUUUAGCACAUGGAGCGCRUUUUCAUCAAGUGGUGGACCUAUAGGUGCAUCAAAAGACARGAAAUACAGAAAGAAGAGAAUUCAAAGAUCACUUGUGAUUGGCUGGCUUCCCGUYAUCGUCUUUGUCGCUAUCUGUAUAUCUCUUGACAAAUCUAAUGUCGUUUCAAUCCAAUAUGGCGGCUCCAAAGGAUGCUGGAUCAACAACGGCAUCGCUAAUCUGUGCGUCUUUGUGAUCCCUGUUGUUAUAGCAAUGCUCUGGAAUGGAGUCUUCUUUGGUCUUACAGUUARAUCUAUCCACAAAGUAAGACAGCAAGCGAGGAUGGCUACCGAACACCGUGAAAGCCAGACCAGCUACUCUGUGUACGUCAAGAUUGCAGUGUUGAUGGGUUUUACGUGGGUGUUUGGGGUGCUGGGUUCAUUUGUCUCUGUUUAYUUGAUGUAUCCAUUUGUAGUAUUUUGCACCCUUCAAGGAGUGUACAUCGCUUUCUCCUUCACMUUUACAAGUCGUGUUCUAGCUUUGUAUAAGGCAAAACUCGCCUCUCRGAGAGCAAUGGYCYMCAUGAYGUCAAUAACAAGUUUGGCUUCUGUUGGAAGGGGAAGAAGAAAUACUUUUGACACUAAAUUAUGACAGUARAAACUUGCGCUUUCAGGCGUUCUGAUCAAGUUACAUAACACGGAAAAUCGUCUUAUAUUUUAACGGUUAAUCAACACUAAAUCAAGGGAAAUAAUUAAAACCCGCGAGACAAACAGUAUUGUAUCCACAUAACAAUAGAUUAUCAAUACAAGACUUUGAAUAUGAAUAGAAUAAAGUACAAUGU